UUCGCCAUCUAAACCAAAACAAAACCUGAAAAGUGAAAACGAAAACCUCAAUACCAUCGUUGAUGAGAUUAUUAUUUUAUUGGAGUGAAAUUCCAUUUUUUUAAAUAAAGUUUGCAAUGUAAUGAAUAAAAAGAUAAAUCUAAUGCAAGGUUUAAAAAAUGCUGUAACUCUAUUUUGUAAGUGUUGAAGAACAACGCAAAUGGAGUUAAUCGAUUGACUUCUUCCAAGAAAUCUUCUGUUUACCUAACCUCCACCACCAUCAUCCAUUUGGUGUAAUGCUUACCUGAGAGAGUGCUAUGUUUCGACAUAGCUUAUUUCUACGAUUAAUAUCUAAGAAAGUGGUUUUCAUUGUCAUCUCUAUAGCAUUGAUAAUUGCCUACACAAUAUAUGUUGCCAAUACUUGCCUUGUUCGUUCUCUUCCAUACAUCCUAAAGAAUGAUGAACUGACCAAGGUACCAGCUGCACUAUCCAUAUUAUCAACAGUCAAACCUGAUUCAAGAUCACAUAGCAAUAAAGCCACUGUGGUUCGUCUUGUACCUUUGCUAACAUGGUCUGGCCUAGCGGAAGAACAACGAAAGGUAGAGGCGAAGGAUGGCGCACCCAAGUACCGGUUCCUGCGGCAACAAGGCCUGCACCCAGUGAGGCGACUGCCCGAUGCACUCGUCAUCGGAGUCAAGAAAAGUGGCACGCGUGCAUUGCUCGAAUUCAUCCGCUUGCAUCCCGAUGUGCGCGCCGCCGGCUCAGAGGUGCACUUCUUCGACAGGCACUACUCCAACGGAUUCACCUGGUACAGACAUAGAAUGCCGCCCACCCUGGAGGGGCAAAUCACGAUGGAAAAAACACCGAGCUAUUUCGUGACGAAGGAGGCGCCAGAGCGAGUGCACCAGAUGAAUCCCUCCACUAAGCUGCUGGUCGUUGUCAGAGAUCCAGUCACCAGGGCCAUCUCCGACUAUACUCAAGUGGCCAGCAAACGGCUGAACAAGGACAUGAAAAGUUUCGAGGAGCUGGCGUUCGUGAACGGGUCGCAGUGCGGUGUGGUGAACACGUGGUGGGGUCCUGUGCGCAUUGGUGUGUACGCGCGCCACCUGGAGAGAUGGCUUAAGUACUUCCCGCUGCAGCAGAUGCUGUUUGUCAGUGGCGAGCGGCUGGUUGUCGAUCCGGCCGCCGAAAUGGCCAGGGUUCAGAAUUUCCUGGGCCUAAAGCAUGUGGUGACGGAGAAGCACUUCUACUUCAACGCGACGAAAGGCUUUCCGUGCCUGAUGAAGUCGGAAGGCCGCUCCACCCCGCACUGCCUGGGCAAGACCAAAGGCCGUAACCAUCCACACAUCAGGCCGGCAGCACUUGAACGCCUAAGGCAGUUCUACCGGCCAUUCAACCUGCGCUUCUAUCAGAUGACUGGCAUCAACUUUGGCUGGUCCUAACCUACAUAUCAACUCUACCGAGUACUUAUUUUUCCCCAUCUAUUCGGUUCUAGGGUUAUCGACUCCAAAUUAACUCACAACCUCUUUUAUCUAACGCUUUGAUUACGUUUGGUUCAAGUUUUUAUUGGGCUAGUUGAACGUAGAUAUUCAUUUCACAUUAUUCAAUCAAUUUACGGGGUGUAUCAAAAAGGUAUUUUACAACUUUGAUAAUUUAAAUAAAAUAUACAAAUACCUUCGAAUAGGACCGGAAAAAUGGACUCGAAUAAAAAGGAAUCUAUCGUAUCAACUAUUUGGAAGAAGAGAUCGCGGGCGUCACAGGAAGAGAUGGGUUGAUUUUAGAGGCACAGAGGUGACAGGCAGUAAUGCCUAACCCAUGAAAGGAAGAAAAAUAAGAUCAAAAAAUGAUAUAAAGAUUUAUUUGUUGCUGUUACAAAGACAAAUUAUUCAAAUUAAGUUGUAAAAUCCUUAUUGAAACACCUUACACAUCAAAAAUACUAAAUACAAUAAUGUCACAAAAUUAUAUUGAAGAUUCAAAAGUUAGCAGUGGCUUUAGUCUAGUAUUUUAGUGGCUGGCUUUACAACAUGGCCUAACUAAGAUGCGAGAAUUUUUCUAGGGUCACUCCUGUGAUGCGAAUGAAAACGUUAAGCUGUUGGUCCUCAACACCUAAAAACAAUAGUCAAGUCACGUUGUGAAAAACAACUUUUUAGUCAGUGUCCUGAAUUUAAUCUGGUAUGAUUUUAAGAACAUCAGGUUUGAGCCAGCCAGGUCAUUUGAUACGACAUUCAAAAAUAUGUACGACAGUCACCCUAGUAAGCAUGUGAAUGACUGUUUUGGCUGUUUAACUUAAAUUUCUGUCCAACCAGAACGAAAGUUCAUGUUAAUUCUUAUUGAAAUGGAAAUAUUAUCUUGCUUCUCAAAAAUAGAACCAGGAUGUAAUGUUUAGCUCCAAUUAUCACUAUCAGUGAAUGUAGUUCAACACAUGAACAUAUUUUCCAAGUACAGUUGUAGUCAGCAAGCUACUAAUAGAAUAUGAAAACAUUUUUUUGAUAAAAUCCCACUUAAUUUUAUCAGGAAGGCUUUGAUUGAAAAUAUCUAUCUUGAUUAAAACUGAAAACUAUGAAGUGAUCUUAAUGAACUUAAAUGCCGUAAAGUUGAUGAACUCAUCUAUGAUAUAGAAUGGAGGUUUCAAAAAUGGUAUUUCAACAAGGUUGUUGAGGACCAUCUAUUCACAUGAUUUGAUAACAAUAAACUAAUUGGUUACUAUGCUAUUUGUACUUGCCAGUACUCGAUAACAAGGAGAGUGGCUCAAGAUGUUAAUCCAUUUACUGUCUCACAUUUCUUGAUUCUUAUUCCAGUUUCCAACAAAAUUCAGCAUGACUAAUAUAAUAAAUUUAUAAAUACACCUUUGUUUAUGAACAAGGAGAACAACCAAAUGUUUAUCCGAUUUCAAUUUUAUUUUCAGUGUUAGUUCAAAUUAAUAUACUGUUACAUUUUGACUGUAAUAGUAGUCUACAAUCAUGCCUAUUAUGCGCUCAAGCAUUUUUCUCCUCCGUGCAGACUAGCUGAAACUUAAUUGUUCAGUUUCUAAAAAGUACUCCAUAGUCAUCAACAAUUUUAUAAUCCAGUGAUGUACCAAUCACGUGAUUAUGGUUAGUACUGUAGUGUCACAAUAAUAACUUGCACGACUAGUAUGUAGCAGCUCAUGCAUCACUCAGAAUAAAAUAGUGAAGCAUUUUACCAUGUAGAUUUAAGUAUUGUUGUUCCUUUCUAACGGCACCGUCGCACUCUAGUAACAAAAUGUACGAAUGCUAUGCUCAAUCUGUAAUUCAAUAGAUAGGAUAGUAUUAUUUUUCAAGUGUCUGUUAUAUGACUCAUCAGUAAUCUAGAAAUUCAAGCUGGAAUUUGUUUAUAUUAAUUUUUAUUUUAUUUUAAUAGACCCUAUUAGUUUUUUAGAGGCAUGAUCGAAUCCAGGUCUUUAUUUAAAAUUGGCAAACCAAAAAUUUUCAAUUCAAUAUCUAAAACGAACUAAGACACACUCUGCCUUCUUACUUUCAGGUUCUCUCCCACUAUCAAAUUAAACAGUGUUACACAAAUUAUAAUGUUUAAAAACUUAAUCAUUUAUCGUUAUCAUUUUUUUAAACUUAUAAGUUAUAAAAACUAUCAUCAUAUUCAAAUAUUGCGUCUCUAUUCCGAAAAGUAUUCCAGCUCAAUUCAGGCACUUCAAGUCACAAUCAUAUUUUAUAUAUAUAUAGUAAACAUAGGAAAUUUUUAACACUGCGUAGAAUAAGCUCCCCAUCUAGUAUAUAGACCGUCCAGACAAAUGAAACAUUAUUUAUCGUUUAAUAUGAAGUUUGUAAUAAGAGAUGACUGAUUUUUAUAGAAAUAUACCUCUUUUUCAAAAUAAACUGUAUAUCAUGGAAAUAUCAGUUUUUAUUUUUAAGAAUAGAAUUUUAAUUUUAACAGGUAUGAAUAGUUUGGUAAUGUAGGUAUGAUUUAAAACCCGAAGUUUAAAGGUUUUUUUUGUUGUUUUUUCAUCUAUAUAAUUAUAAUUAUUAUCAUUAGAAAAUAUAGACGUAUUUUUAUUGAUUAGUAUUUGUUAAUAUUUUCAAUUUACCAUUAUUGUCUACUUAACAUGACUUGUGAAUGUCCAGUUACUUAACAAAUGAUAAAAAGGUUGUAUAAAAGCUUGUUUGUUGAGUAUCGUUGAUCAGCAUUUAAACAAUGUAUUAAUUGAACGGGAGUUUGUCGAUUCGAUGAAUUCUCAAAAUAUGAUCAAGAUGAAAGCAGUUCAAUGUGUAACCAAAUUAUUAUUUAUUAUCUUCCACUAUCAAGAGUUCUAAAUUAUGCAAAUUUGUGACACUUCCUAUUGUAGUUUUCUAUUAUUUUUAGACCUUAUUUACUAUUCGUUGAUUAUUUAGUGAUAGAAUGUAAUUCAACAUUUGUAUAAUCUAUGUUGUAUUAUAACUAGAUAUAGUUUGGAGAACAAUCUAAAAAUACAUUGCAUUUGUCUACCUUAUGUGUGUGUGUUCAACUUCCAUGUUGCUUGAAUAUUGUAAUACUAAUACUCAAUCAAACUUGUGGUGUAUUAAGAUCCAAUUAUAAUUUUUUCAUUGAUUACUCUCUAAUAUUUUAAUAAGGUGCUUGUUAAGUGAAAUUGUUUCUAAUUUUAUACUGGUUAUUUAAUGAUUAAUAUUGUUGAAUUUUCAAACUUUAAUCUUUAUGGAAUUAUUCUGUUUAAUCCAUAUUAGCUUUUUAUGUACAUGUUUAACCAAUCAGUUUAAUUUACAUGAACAUUGAAGCAGUUGUACUGCAUUUUUUUAAGCUCUAAUUUCUAUCCCUAUUCUCUGAAGGUUGUUAAUAAUAUCACAUUAUCAUGUCUUCCACCCUUAGAUUUUAAAACCACCUUUAUAAAAGCUUUACUACUCUUUAAUAAAUCAUAUCCAUGAAUUAAUUUAUUGACAAUAUUUCAUCUAUAGUAUUCCAAUUUCUAUCAAUUUAAUAUUAACGUUGACAAUCUUGAAUUUUUCAAUAUCACUAGUCUUCAUUUUCACUAGUUCUUUUUUCUACACUACUCCGAGAGAGCUUUAAUUACAAUUAUUGUAGAUUUUCAAAGUGAUAUCAAACAGAAGAUCUGAACUAUUUUUUUCAAUUGUUCCUAUUUAUUUUUAACUAGUUAUUGUAGCCUAUUUAUACUUUGAAAUGCAAAAAUCAUAUCCUGGAAGCUAAGAAUCUUGGUUUUCAAGAGUCUUCGUAAUCUGAAGAUCAACAUUUUUCCCGAUUAAUAUUUCCUUUCGUAACUGAUUUCAAAAUUCUUAUCUCUUCAUGCUCUUUCAUUGGCUAGCUUCAUUUCAGAUUAUAGAAAUUCUGCAAUUGAUCUGUUGUAUUAAACGAUUUACUCAAUCCUUAUAAGUGGAAUAUUUUUGUUAUAUUCAUGAAUUCACAUUGAAUAUUUUCAUACAAUAUUCAUAGUCAUGAAUAUUUUCUCAUUAUUUAUUUCUGUACCUGAUUUAUGAAUUUAUUACACUAAUUAUUUAGCAUAAGUUGAACUCGAUUAAUUAAAAAUAAUUAUACUCUGUAUUUAGUAUAAGAAUACACAAGUCUAGUACAUCGAAUGUGAAUCCCAUUUUCAAAAAAAAUUGUCUAUGAGUCGCUGAAAAAAAUUUGUUUCCAACUAAUUGUUCAAGUUGUAAGCUUGUUUUUUUGAUAAAAAACAUGUUUUUUUAUACAUGUUUGCUCAUGUUUUUUCAUAAACAAACUAGUUUUCAAUCCUUGCAACUGUAGAAUUUAGUUUAGUUUAUAGAUUUGUUGUCCUUGCCAUUUAAAUAGCUUUAAAAAUGAAGAUAAUAUUUUCCCGAUAUCCAUGUUAAUAUACUACUUUUAUUCUUCUUUUUUUUUAAUUUUGUUUGAUGGUGUCAUACUUUUAUGGUACAUAAUAUCAUGGGAAAAUUUCCUAUAAUAAAUCAUCCUUGUUAUUUAUGACCAUUUUUCUCUAAUUCUUCAAGCUACGAUUUUUAAUAAAAAAUACCAACUUAUUAAAAUACUUUAAUUUAGUUGAUAUUGGAAAUUUCAUACAAAUUACCAUUUUUUCAUUCAAUCAUGACCUAUAUUUGAUAUCCAGAAUAUAAAAUACAAAUUUGGCAUGAUAUUUUUUCAUUUUUUUUUGACCUGCAUUUACAGAACAUUAAAUUGAAAAUUUUAUAAGAAAAUCAUAAUUUGUCAUUAUUUUCAGACUUACACAGGAUAAUCAUUGACAAUCAUAAUACUAAUAGUUUUUCAAUCAUUGCUUUGCUUUAAAAUUAAUUGUAUCAAUAUUUUGUCUUGCAACUUUGCUUUGUUAAAUCCAUUUUUUAAAUUUUCUUCUAUUUAGCACCAAAUCUCCACAACCUGUAACUACCUCCAAAUUGAAGUCAUUAUUGUAUAUUUUUGUUUCUACAUAUAUUUUAUUGUAUAAGUAUUUUUUGUUAUUUUGCUAGGUUGUAUCCUCAGUAGAUCAUGGUCUUAGUUGUCAUUAGCAUUUUACUGUGGAGGAAAGAAUUUUCACACCAAGUUGAUGUUCAAAUAAAUGGUUAUCUAAUCAUCAUAAUGUACAAAUAUCUACUUUUUUCGUAUAAAUGAUAAUUUUUAUUUUUAAAAGAAAAUUUGAUAGCACAUUUCAUAAGGAUAUCGUUUGUUAUAGUAAGUAACUUAGGCUACUAUUCUAUUGAGUUUGCUCGAGGAUUUCGAUUUACAUUCUAUAUUGAAUCUUCUUUCCUCAUUUAAUUAAAAUUUUGAUUGCAAUUUACUAAAGUACCAACGUUGUUUGAUAAUUAUAAGUCGUACUGUUCUUAUAAUAAUGUGUUUUUCUUGUUUACAUAUAAUUACAAAAUAUUUAUACUCCAUUUAAAAAAUGUCACUAUUCUCUCGUUUCAAUUCGAAUAGCAACGUAGGCCUACUCUAUUUUUCAGCAUUAUCUGUGUAUUUCUGUUUGAUUAAAAACGUUCAUAGCUCAUCUUUAAUUUCAAAUAAUUAUCGAACUAGCAUGUAAUGUAUUCUAGUACUAUAAUUUAUCUGAUAUUAGAUGAACAAGGAGCUAUUUUCCUAAUUGAACAAUCGUUUUCAUGCUCGUCACCUACUUGAGUAGAAUUUCAUCUUUUAAUUAUAUCACUUAGUUUUUAUGAAUUUCAGAUUUUAUUAAACUUUGUAUUUAACGCCUGAAGAAAUUGA